GACGACGGCUCUCGACGACGACCUUCUCUAUCGCUUUCGGUUAUACUGCUGGAUUUUGGGGCAUUUUGGUGGAGUGUGGGGAAAUUAAGGAAGCUGCUGCUAGGAAUUUUUUUCUUCCAGAAGGAUGAUUUUCCAAAGCUCCGAGAAAUAGAUCAAACAAUCGGUUCGGUGUUGGAGUGUGAGAUCCACCGGUGCGCUGUAUAUUGGGUUACGCGAACAGAUUAGCCGAGCGAAUACAGAGACCGAGGAAGUCUGUGCCAUAUUCGCACAGAUUGUCGUUUAGUGUAUCAAGGUUGAGGACCGGGUCUUUGGCGUGAGGUCUUUUCGCGGAUGUCACUCUGUGGUUGAGGUGUGGGUUUUUUUUCUCGCUGUACGCAAAAUAUAUACACUCAGUGGUUAAGAGUGGCUUGGUGGGUGUCGCCAUAGCGAACGCGCGUAUGAUUGUGUGUAGGACGCGAUAAGGCCGAGAGACUAACGACGAUUAUUGAUAUUGGCAGCUUUGUUUAAUCUGGUUGGUCUGUGGAUGGAUCGAAAAUGGCUCACUCCAAGUGACAUUCGCAUAUUGUGAUUCAUCCGUGCAGCUUCCAGUUUGUUCGCGUGUAAUCCGAUGCUUCCGAUUGUCGUGUGAGUUUUGGGGGAAAAGAAUAAAGAAAAAAAAAGUUGGUAUACAUUUGUCAUCACAUUCACUCAGCAGCGCGCUCUCGGCUCCUGAGUGACCUGUGCGAGUGCACCAGAGCGGGAGAGGUAGCGAUAGAAGGAGAGAGCGACUCUCAUUUGUGUCGCUCCGCUCAGAUUGUUCGAACUCGCUGUGUGUGCAUAUUGUGUGUACCAAUUUGUACCGUUCAAUAACAAGCAGAUAAAUUCUUUCAUUCAUUCAUUUGUUUAUGCUGGCCGAGAGACAGAAAUUGUUGCUAGCCAUUAUCGGUCGCAGAGGAAGCUGCAAUUGUCAGCUGAGGAGGAGGACGAGGAGCAACAGAAAAGUGAGUGCGGAUGGUGGUGAUGAGCUGUGUCUACGAGGGGGGUAGUGGAAAGAAAGCAAGUGCUUCUGCUCGGGUGGAAAAAUCUAGGAAAUCGGGUGAAAUCGAUUUGUGUCUGGAUUGUGGUGUGUUUACACAGGGCGAAGGAAGAGUUCCAAAGCGGUGUGUGGGAAAAGAAAAGAGCCUGUGGAACGCAAAUGUUGUCACAUUGUUGCCCUUGUUGUUGUUAGUGUCUCACUGGAGCAGGAGCAAAUAAAAUACUCAUAGUAUUCGCGCAAAUCGCGCAAAAAAGAAGCUCGGAAGAGAGCAGCAUCAUCAGCAGUAGGUCAAGUGCGGAAGGUGCAGUGUAUACUCAGUGCGGUGGUUUGUGGUUUGUAAACCCGGCGAAACAACGGUGGUGGGAAAACAGAUCUGCCGUGUAUUUUUACCCAGCUGAUAGAGCAGUGUUUAGCGCGAGGCUUUAUUCUCAGGCCAGAACUGCCUGACUGAAAGAGACAGAUCGGUUUUCGGGGGGUGGCAGUGGUGGUGUUACGAGCCGAAGGCAAAAACAACAACAAAUCUAUACCAAAAUGGCGGAUCUCGAAGCUGUGCUGGCCGAUGUCAGCUAUUUGAUGGCGAUGGAAAAAUCCAAAUGCAUGCCAGCCGCCAGAGCCAGCAAGAAAAUAAUCCUACCGGAUCCAAGUGUUCGAAGUGUUAUGCACAAAUACCUGGAAAAGGAGAACGAGAUUAACUUCGAUAAAAUAUUCAACCAAGUGUUAGGGUAUCUUCUGUUCAGAGAUUUCUGCGACAACUUCUCAGACGAACCGGUGCCACAUUUGAAAUUCUACGAAGAGAUCAAAGCCUACGAGAAGACAGAGUGCCACGACGAGCGGCGGAAGCAAGCCAGAGACAUCUACGACAAUUACAUAAUGAAAGAAAUGCUGUCACACACCCACGAAUACUCCAAGGAAGCGGUGGCGCACGUGCAGAAAUAUCUGAUGAAGAACGAGGUUCCGGUGAAUCUGUUCGAGCCGUACAUCGAGGAGAUCUUUCACCACCUUCGGGGGGAACCGUUUCGGAAGUUUCUCGAGAGCGACAAAUACACCCGAUUCUGCCAGUGGAAGAACCUGGAGCUCAACAUCCAGCUAACGAUGAACGACUUCAGUGUGCAUCGGAUCAUCGGCCGAGGCGGCUUCGGCGAGGUGUACGGCUGCCGGAAGGCCGACACCGGCAAAAUGUACGCAAUGAAGUGCUUGGACAAAAAGCGAAUCAAGAUGAAGCAGGGCGAAACGCUGGCGCUAAACGAGAGGACGAUGCUUUCGCUGGUCAGCACGGGGGUCGACUGUCCGUUCAUCGUGUGCAUGACGUACGCAUUUCACACCCCUGACAAGCUGUGCUUCAUCCUGGACCUAAUGAACGGUGGCGAUCUGCACUAUCAUCUGUCUCAGCAUGGCGUAUUUAAUGAGUCCGAUAUGAAGUUUUACGCUGCGGAAGUCAUCCUCGGGCUGGAUCACAUGCACAAGCGCUACAUUGUGUACCGCGAUCUGAAGCCGGCCAACAUUCUGCUGGACGAGAACGGUCACGUACGGAUCUCGGAUCUCGGACUGGCUUGCGAUUUUAGCAAAAAGAAGCCCCACGCUUCGGUGGGAACCCACGGUUACAUGGCACCGGAAGUGCUCUCCAAAGGGACGCCGUACGACUCGAGUGCCGAUUGGUUCAGCUUCGGGUGUAUGCUGUACAAGCUGCUCAAGGGCCACUCCCCAUUUCGGCAGCACAAAACCAAGGACAAGCACGAGAUCGACCGGAUGACGCUUACGAUGAACGUUGAACUGCCUGAAUCGUUUAGCAAAGAGUUGCGAGACCUGCUGGAAGGGCUGCUGCAGCGAGACAUUGAUAAACGAUUAGGCUGUAAGGGAGGAGGAGCGGACGAAGUGAAAGCCCACCCAUUCUUCGCCGGCAUCGACUGGAACCAGGUCUACUACCAGAAGUAUACUCCACCGCUGAUACCACCGCGGGGCGAAGUGAAUGCCGCGGACGCCUUUGACAUCGGCUCGUUCGACGAGGAAGACACCAAAGGCAUCAAGCUGACCGAACAAGAUCAGGAGCUCUACAAGUACUUCCCGUUGACCAUUUCGGAAAGAUGGCAGCAGGAAGUGUCCGAAACAGUAUUCGAAACCGUCAACCUGGAGGCGGAUCGGCUCGAGCAGAAGCGCAAAGCGAAACAGAAGCAGCGUUUCGACGCGGACGAGAAGGACUCCGACUGCAUACUACACGGGUAUAUUAAGAAGUACAGCGGCUCGUUUGCGUCCGUUUGGCAGACGCGGUACGCGAAGCUGUAUCCAAAUAGGCUAGAAUUACACACGGAUAGCGGUAGUACAAAACCAGAAUUAGUAUUCAUGGAUCAGAUGGAGGAGGUGUCACAGGAUUUCGUGCAGUUCAAGAAUGAGCAGUGCAUACAGAUACGGUUCCGGGAUGGCAUCCGCGACGGGAAACUGGUCCUGACGAUGGCGGACGAAAUCGGCCUCAAGGAGUGGGCCCUCUCGAUGCGCUCGGCCCACAAGGAAAGCCAGGAGCUGCUCGGAUCGAUGGCGAAGAAGGCGGGCAAAAUCUACGGCACCGAACGGGAAGCCUCCAAAGCGAACGUCCUGAUCUCUGCGGCCAACACCACCGGCGCCGCACAUUCGCACCUCUCGAACGCCCAGAAGAACACCAACGGGUCGUCCAACUAGCGGUUACUUCUACGAUCUCGGUCCUGCUUCAUAGAACCGAAUCGUCUCAAGGAGCCGCUGAUGAAGAUGAAGUGCAAGGACACCUAAGGCGGGGGACUGUUGUGCUGAGUUGUUGUUGAUUGAAUGUGUCGCGGAGAACGGAUACAUAUUCAAUUAACAAUCGCAUUGCAUUGCAUUGCCUCGGUGUUGCGCGAGGGCGACGAAUUCCUCCGGCUUUACAUUAGAAGCGCUGGGCACUUGUGUUGUUUAAUGUGUGGUUUAAGUUCUUUGCGAUGAAAACGGGUUCCAUUGGACAAACUAAAAUAAAAACAAACUUUUUAAGGUAAGCAGUCGAUUUUAUAUAACAGAGAGAGAGAGAGGAGAUAUAAUACACGAGAUUCGAGAACGUUUUUGACGGUGAUAUAAGCAAAAUAAGAAAGUGAACUAAUAUUAAGUGGGACAAUUAUACAAGCUAAGGAGAGCAACCGCGUAUGUGCAAUGCAUGAGAGACACAAUGCUGACAUUGUUCAACAAACCAAUUAUGUCCUUUUUCUGUUGUUGAUGUUUUUCUUCUCUCUACUCUCAAUCAAUCAAACUGAUGUCAGUAUUUAUUAAACGUGCAAAUGUGAACCGUAGUGAGCAGAACACAAGUUAUUGAAACAAACAUUAGGAUUAGCGAAUAAAUGUGUCAAUUUAGUACAGCACUCAGAAGAAGAAGAAGAAGAAGAGAAGAGCAUAGUGUUGCUGAAAUAAUGACAACCAGUGUUUUUACAGAACGCAAAAAAAAACUAGCCCACAUGAAAUGAACAAAACAAAUAAUGGAGAGGAAAAAUCUAACUUUUAAGCUCAUAGAAUAUACCAGGAGGAGAGGUAGUGUGAGACAAAAUUAUUGUUCUAAACUACAGAGAAAAAAAAGAGGCGUAACUAUCCUAAAAUAUUGUUGAAUAGGUCACAUUGGGACAAUGUGCGAAAAAAAGUGGCGUAAAAUAGUGGUAAAGUACUUCGAAUUUCUUCAUUUGAUUUCCCGUUUCGUUGCAUUUUUCUUGUAGCGACUGGGAAAAGUAAAACUAUGUAAUGUCGCCCACUAUAUUGACUAGAGUGCCAAUGAGAAUGGCCAUCUCGAAUUUUCAAAGCGAACUUGACUAAAAAUGUCCCACGAAAAACUACCGUAUGCAAAAUAUCAGUGUCGCACAGCGGUCAAAGUUUGAGUUUUUUGAAAACCGAAAAAUCACCCAAGAGAGAGGGGAAAGGAAAUCGGGGUUUUCGAAAAAAAAUUGAUGCCGCGCUCCCUAUUUGAUGCCAAGUCCCAACUUGGCCUUUUUUUUGAAUACGAGGCAAAACCAUGAGCCAUUGUAGGCUCGAUUGCAUCAAUAUCUCCACCGUAAAAUUAAAGUUAAAUCGAUUUCUAUGUAAUUUAGUUGUUUCACAAAUAUUUUUAUGUCUAUUGUAACUGAAUUCACUUUUUGCUCAGAUACGCGAUCUUGCACUUCUGGUUUUUUUUAACCUAGUAAUGUAGAACUAAAUAAACCUAUACUUUUUCACAUCGGAAUCGGAGUGCUUCUGAAGCAUUUCUGAUAAGUUGAAUUGGAAUUGUAUAUUCAAUAUGUAAAAUGAAAACAUUUUAACUCGCUUGCUUGAACUGUUUAAAAUGCCUCUUCCUCGGCUUACACUUUCGAUUCCUUCACACUUCGCAACGAUAUCGUAAUUUGCUGCCAGCAAUUCCAAAUUAAAUCGUCCUAAAAAUGCAGAUUUUAAAAACUUGUAAUUUUGAGUUUUUCACAGCAAUUGGGAAUUUUUUGACUCAAGCGUAACUUUUGAAAAGAUCGUAUCGAUUUUAGUAAGAAAUCUUUGAUAAUUUAUAUCUCAAAAACUUUGAAUCGUACCGAAAUAGUGUCUCAGAAAGAGUUAUAGAGUAUUGAUGGUUGAAUAUGAAAAAAAUGUACACUGAGAAAAAAAAUUAGUACUCUUUUUUUCAUUUACAAAAUAAAAAUUCAAUUUGCAAUAUCCAAAAUACAUAUUUUUCUUUUUUUUUUAAUUUUUUCAUACAAAAUAGAAGUCAUGCAAAAAUUUCAAAAAUGGGCCCAAGAUGGUGAAACUAUUUUUGACGAACUUUGUGGAACAUCGAAUUGUUAGGAAUUUUCGAAACUUCGAAUUUUUGUAUGUUAACAAUCAUUUUUAGCCACAAAUUAUGAAUCCUGAUGUGAUUUAAAACAAAAAAGGUUAUUAUCAAUUUCCUUCUAAAUGGAGCCAUUCUCGAAAUGUUUAAAAAAAUAUUUCUAAUUUAUUGUCUUUUUUAUAGUAAAUAAUUCCUUUUAAUAUGUUUGUCGUGUUAUACCGUCAUGUUCAUGAACUUUUGUGAAUUUACUUAUAAUUUCCAACAACUUUUCCAAAUACAUAUCAUCAUGGUUCAUUUUUUGACUCAAGCGCAACUUUUGAAAAGGGCGUAUCGAUUUGAGUAAGAGAAAUCUUUGAAAAUAUAUAUCUCAAAAAAUAUGAGUCGUACCGAAAUAGUGUGUUAGAAAGAGUUAUAGAGUAUUGUUGGCUUAAUUUGAAAAAAAAUAUACACUGAGAAGAAAAAUUAGUACUCUUUUUUUAUUUAAAAAAUAAAAUUUUAAUUUGCGAUAUCAAAAGAUAUGUAUUUUUUUAUAUUUUUUCCAAUUUUUUCAAAUAAAAUAGAGGUCAUGUAGAAAAUUCAAAACCUGGGCCCAAGAUGGUAAAACUAUUUUUGACGAACUUUGUGGAACAUCGAAUUUUUAGGAAUUUACGAAACUUCGAGUUUUUGUAUGUUAGCAGUCAUUUUUAAUCACAAAUUAUGAAUCCUGAUGUUAUUUAAAACAAAUAAGGUUAUUAUAAAUCUCCUUCUGAAUGUAGCCAUUCUCGAGAUAUUUAAAAAAAUAUUUGUAAUUUAUUGUCUUUAUAAUAGUAAAUAGGCCCUUUAAAUAUGUUUGUCGUGUUAUACCAUCAUGUUCAUGAGAUUUUAUGAAUUCGCUUAUAAUUUCCAACAAUUUUUCCAAAUACAUCGUUAUGGUAAAGACAUAUGACUAAAAAAUCGUUUUUAUCUUAAUACUUCAAUACUUCAAUACUUAAUAACUUCAAUCAAUCAAAAAAAUUGUUGGAAAUUAUAAGAAAAUUCAUAAAAUUUCAUGAACAUGACGGUAUAACACGACAAACUUAUUAAAAGGGAUUAUUUACUAUAAAAAAGACAAUAAAUUAGAAAUAUUUUUUUCAAUACUUCGAGAACGGUUGCAUUUUGAAGGAGAUUGAUAAUAACCUUUUCUGUUUUAAAUCACAUCAGAAUUUAUAAUUUGUGGCUUAGAAUAAUUGCUAACAUAAAAAAAUUCGAAGAUUCGAAAAUUCCUAAAAAUUCGAUGUUCCACAAAUUUCGUCAAAAAUAGUUUUACCAUCUUGGGCCGAUUUUUUAAAUUUUCUACAUGACUUCUAUUUUGUAUGAAAAAAUUGAAAAAAAUAUAAAAAAGUACUAAUUUUUCUUCUCAGUGUAUAUUUUUUUCAAAUUAAGACAACAAUACUCUAUAACUCUUUCUAACACACUAUUGCGGUACGACUCAUAUUUUUUGAGAUAUGAAUUAUCAAAGAUUUCUCUUACUCAAAUCGAUACGCCUUUUUCAAAAGUUACGCUUGAGUCAAAAAAUAAACCAUGAUGAUGUAUUUGGAAAAGUUGUUGGAAAUUAUAAGUAAAUUCAUAAAAUUUCAUGAACAUGACGGUAUAAUACGACAAACAUAUUAAAAGGGAUUAUUACUAUGAAAAAGACAAUGAAUUAAAAAUAUUUUUUUAAAUAUUUCGAGAAUGGCUACAUUUAGAAGGAGAUUGAUAAUAACCUUUUUUGUUUUAAAUCACAUCAGGAUUCAUAAUUUGUGGCUAAAAAUGAUUUAAAAACAAAAAUUCCUAAAAAUUCGAUGUUCCACAAAGUUCGUCGAAAAUAGUUUUACCAUCUUGGGCCCAUUUUUUAAAUUUUCUGCAUGACUUCUAUUUUGUAUGAAAAAAAAAAAUGUAUUUUGGAUAUUGCAAAUUGAAUUUUUAUUUUGUAAAUAAAAAAAGAGUACUAUUUUUUUUUCUCAGUGUAUAUUUUUUUCAUAUUCAACCAUCAAUACUCUAUAACUCUUUCUAAGAUACUAUUUCGAUACGACUCAAAGUUUUUGAGAUAUAGAUUAUCAAAGAUUUCUCUUACUCAAAUCGAUACGCCCUUUUCAAAAGUUACGCUUGAGUCAAAAAAUUCCCAAUUGCUCAUAUUUCCUCUAACCCAAACGGAAUACACACUUUCAUUCGAAUCAAAAAUACUCAUGUUUUGUCAUUUGUCGAUUUCAUUUGGAAUUACUCCUGCCACUAUUAUGAAUUUUCAGUACUUCCUUAUCUUCCUCAAUGGAUUUUAUCGUUUCGUCAGUUGUCCGAGAACGAUGUUGAUAUUGAAUGAACUGGCAUAAUAAUAUCAAUGAAUGACAAAGCUAGGGAUAUUUCCAUUUGUUUACAUUCCGUGAACGCAGAGCAGAACGAAAGAGAGAACAAACGAAAGUGAACGAAUCAACUGUCAUUGGUUUGCUGUGAUUGUGAAGCUUGGCGUUGGUUCAUUUUCGGUAUCCCGAAUGCAAUGGUAUAAUGAUCGAAUGUGGUCUGAAAUUUAGCUGAAACGAUUGAUGUGAAACUGCUAAAUUGAAUUUUGACAUCUGCGACAAUAAUAAAUGAAGUCCGAAUGAGCUAAUAUUUUGCAGAGAGUAUUUUAUCGUGCAAAUCAAUAUUUCGCAGGGAGUCCCGUAUGAAAAAUCGAUAUAACGAUUUUCAUUUACACCCUAAACCACUCGUUUUGACUCGUAUUAAAAAAAAAAACGACAAAGUCCCAGAGCGACGAUUUUUGACAAACAAAUUUUUCGAGAUCACACUAGAUCUCGACGUUUCAUGCAAUUUGAAGACAUUUGGCAUCAAAUUUUUUUUUCGAAAACCCCGAUUUCCUUUACUCUCCCCCCUUGGGUGUUUUUCCGAUUUUCAAAAAACUCAAACUUUGACCGCUAUGCGACACUAGUAAAUGAAGUCCGAUUGGGCUGAUAUUUUGCAUACGGUAGUUUUUCGUGGGAAUCAACAUUUAUUCAAGUUCGCUUAGAAAAUUCGAUGGUCACUUUUUUCCCACACAUCCAUUGGCACUUUAAUAUUGACCCUAAAUCUAGUAUCUGUUAUAUAAAUAUUUAAAUACUGUUAAUGUGAGAACUGAACAACUACUUAGCCUUUUAUAUGUCUGUCUAUAUAUACUUACGUGUUUGGAAUGUAUAUUCAAACUAAGCAAGAAACAAAAAAGAUAAAGAAGUAGUCGUUCGGGUAAACAAAUUACCAGUAGCCUAGAAACAAACAAAAAAACCACCACGAGUAUUAUCUAGUUUCGAUUGUUUCAUCACUCGUGCACACUAUCAAAACUGUUGCAAUCUACGACUACAAUCAAACCAAGGCAAGACAAUAGCAAACGAUACCAACCACGCGGACUUUUGAUCCCACUCUUGACGCGCUCUGAUUUGCCAGCAGACUGAGCCUCGUUUACACACAAAUCAUGACUCUUCCCGUAUUUUAUACACAAAAUCAACUUUUUAUAAACGUAAUUGUAAACGAGAGGGAGACCCCAUUAGCAGCGCACGAACAAUCGUUCUACUGACUCUAGUUUUUUUUAUUUCGUGGUAUUAACGACAUCAACUUUGGAUGAGAGAAAAAAUAUAGGUACUUUCAGUCUUAUUUAUCGGGAAUUGUUUAGACCAAUUUCGGGGGCAUCAAUAUUUGAUAGUGGUCAAACUAUGGAUAUACCCAUCGCGCAUUUAUCCAAAUUGUAGGAACUAAUUAUUCCCAUCGCCGCUCGUCACCUCGGAAAGGAGUAGAAGUCGCAGGACAACCGAGUGCACCGUCUCACAGUGCAUCGGAAUGAAAAGCACAUCGUGAGGGAAGCGAGGUGAAAGAGGGGGAAACCCUUUAAUUAAUUAUAAUAUUACAUUUAAAGUGUGCGGAAAAGUAACGAGAGAGAAGAGAAAAAAACAACAUGCAAAAGUUUUAAUCAAGAUUUAAACGUAUAAAUUCAACAGCUCACUGUUAUGCAACACCAAGACUUUAGAGUAGAUUUGAUUUCGGUUCUUUCACAAAUCGCGUUCAUCGCAGCGUCGCGUUGUGCAUGUAUUGACGAACACACAAACACAUAUAAUCACUCACAAAAACACACACACACACACACACAACGUUAAACUAUGAAUAUGUAUAAUUAUGGGGUGGAAAGACAGGUGGCGAAAUGAAAGGAUGAAAUGAUACGUGAUAGAGCGAGAGAGAGGCAACAUUAAUGGAAAGUAGUUUUGUUAGCACCGUUUCGUUCAUUUAGUUGUAUGCGACAGAUAAACCACAGAGAGAAACAUUUACUCGCAAAAUAAAAAAAAAACAGCACUCUUCAUGAGAUUAAGUAGGAUCGGAACAUGUCGAACUGUCGAUCUGUCGAUUUUUCAUUGCCAAUAGCUAUGGUUUGCGCGUUCAGUACUUUAUGUUAUCUACUAAAUAGAGAGAAUCUUCAUCAGUUUCCAACUGGAUGAAUGGGCUUUAGCUUCAACAAUUAAACAGCUAUGGAUGUGUGUUGAUUUUAAGGAGUGAAUUCAAAGUGCUGCACGGGUUGGGAUUUUCCGACUAUCCCGUUAUCUUUUGGCGAAAAAGAUUACCGUCACUGUUAACUGUGUGGAAGUCGUGCUUUAUUAGCAACGUCAGCAGUGGCAGAAUGUUCAGGGUGAGAUGAAAUUAUCCAUAUUUUUUCUUCAGUGUAUAGCUCGUAUUUGACAGAUUCUGAAAUGAGCUUCAUUGUUUACAUCCGAUGUCGUAAGAAGCAUGCGCAACUCAACAUAAUCGGAUUGUGUCUUCUAAUUUUUAUUGUGACCCAGACAUGAUCGCGAAAUGUAAGCGUGGUUUUCGGCGGACAACAAAGUAGUCAUAAAAAGGGCAAGAGUCAAUUGACGAAUUUACGCAAAGCUGAAUCAGCUCAUGCGACACCUACGUUAGAACUCAGAACCACAAAAGUGAUGUUUGUUUAUUCACUGAAAAGCAAGAUUCUGUCGUGAUCAUUCAUUUAAUUUCUAUUUAGAUUCAUUUCAAUCAUUAAAUGUCGUCAGUAUAUGGUGAGAAAGUUAGGGCUUUGUAUAUUUACGAUGGUUUCAACACGCCAUUGGACCAAAGUCAUUGAUAAUCUUCGAAAAUUUUGAGUUUGAUAAUGCAGACAGGUUAUGAAUACUGUUGAUAAUGGUGAUGAAAUCGAUAUCAUAUUGAGUUGGAUGACAUGAUUGAUAAUGUAAGGGCCGAUUCGAGAAGGAUUUGCAGUAUUUUUAGCUCAACACAUGCUACUCAUCGUUAACCUAGUUAAAAAAAAUUAAAGUUAUAACACUUAUACCAAGCCAUUCUUCAAAAUAUACAUACCACGAUGUAAAAUGGCGAUUUUAUAACCUUUUUAGCGCAGAAAAAAUACGUGAAACCGGGAAAUUUGAAGAUAAAUGCUGAUUUUUCUUAAGAAUUUGAACGAAUUUCAUGCUAAAAAAAAACAAAGCAUUAUCAUUUUACUCGCUGCGCCAUCUGGUUGUAGAUCCAACGUAAAUUCAUCAAUGGAAAGGUCAAGGCGGUAUAAUAAGGUGGAACGUUAUGUCAGAAUUGCUGUUCAGCCAUUACUUGAGUUCGAAUUGACAGCGGCCAAAUGAACGGCUAGCGUUUCCGAGAAAGAGGAUAACAAAUGGCAUGCAAUGAAGAAUGCAUACCGCUAUGUGUUUGUUGGUUUCAGGGGUUAGACAUCAAUUGAAUAUAGGCUACCCAAAAUCAAAAUCAAUAUGGCGUCAUUUGUUUAUCAACAUAUCAUUUACGAGGAUUGAAAUCGAAAAAUGCGCUGCUUUAUUCUAACUGCAUGAGCGAUUUUCAUAUUUCGGUUUCACAUGGAGGUGUUCACAUUUAACAUGGAGUUUAAAGUUAGCCACUAUUCGACUAUAUAACCGGACCGAGUUGUAAACAACAGUAAUUGAUUGAACCAAAAUGUCAGUAAACCGCAGCAAUAUUGGGUACACUGGCAAUAUGAGGGAUUUGACGUUUUAGUCGUACCCCUGGUUGGUUUACGCUGUUGGCAUCAUUGUUGUGUUUCGGUGACUGCUGCAAGUUAUUGUCUUCAUUGCUGUUUCACGGGACGUGAGGGUUGUUGCCGUUGCUGCUGGGAUUGGCAAUUCAGCGAUUGUGGGAGCUGUGCUAGUGGGUAUAUGAAAGAGCCACUACCGGCGGGCUUGUACCGUACUGCUCCUAGUUCCAUUCGCUUUGAUCACAUUAGUCGUUGACGACCCAUUACGAUUGAGUGAGCGCAACGGUACGGUUUGGAUAUCCAGGCAUGUCGUUUCCCGACGACUGCUGCUUCAGCUGGAGACUCACCUGAUCGUGCGGGACACAACAGCUAGUUCGAUUGAAACCGGUCCAGCGUAGGUAAUUGUUGGUGUGCAGAGAACGCUAUGUAGCAUAAAAAUUGGACCUGGUUUGUUUAUAAACAAAAAUAGUCGCUGUCAUUUUUCAUCCCCUCUCGCAUCUUCCAUGCCUUAUCCUCAUACUGUCGAAAACGAAUCACCUGUCAAUUCCAGCUCCUUGGGAAAGGUAUACAAAAAUAGGAGAAGGAAAUGAUGUUCCAGCAGUGACAUUACCAUAACGAUUUGAGAGGUAAAUCAUCUCUCGGAAAUCCCAAGCUGAGAAACGUAAUUGACCUUGUAAUGCAACACAUUUCGCCGUCUCCCGUGAAAGUAUUCCCAGUGUUACUGUUACAAAAAAAAUAUUUUACGUAUUGCUGGAAUGUAAAAUCUGGCAAUAGCGCAAAUGAUAAGCGCAUCGGUUUUCCAAGCCGAAGGUUGGGGGGCUCGAGUCCCGCCACUGUCUAGAGUAUUUUUCGGAUUGGAAAUUCGUUCGGCAACCCUUGAGCAAUAAGCAUAUCGUUGUGCUUGGCAUUCAAUGCAUGAUUGGUUACUGGAAAGGCAUAGUUAGCCUCAAUUAAGAAUUGUGGAAGUGCACCCUCCCUACUUCAAUGCCGAACAUAAUUUAUAAACAAGCCCUUUCUUUCUUGGCAUGAACAUUAUGAACUUUAAAGGUACUUCAAAUUGAAUUGAAUCACUUCAAAUCGAUAAUACACUAACUAUUUAUCGUUUUUUUUUUUGUCACAUUGAUGAAAAAGUUGUUUCACAUAAUAUUUUUUGGGUGUGAUAACCGAACCUGAUUGUAACAAGUAGGAGAACCCAGUCAAAAUUUUGAGAAAAACAGAAUUUAGUUGUCAAACGAUUCGAAUGUUAUCUGCGCGAAUGCGUGGAAGCGGAGGCAAGCAUUGAUAGAAUAAAGAAUUAUAAAAAAAAAAUGUUGUGAAAAUAGGGAAUCCUCAGGGUGAGAUAAAAUUAUCCGUGUUUUUGACGUAGAACUACCAAAUCAGAAAACCAAUCGAAUCGGAAAUUCUCAAAGAUUUGUUUGAUAUGCUAUACAUUACAAUUCGCUAAUGCAAGUCAGGGGUACAUGCAAGUCGGGGGUAUUUUUUGGUGUUGAGUACGUACGUACGUACUUUUAAACUGAAACGCCUGGGAAAAUCCUCAUUUCAGAUACUAGAGGUGAAUGAACUUUCGCGGUUCGAGAACUACGUAAACAUGAGAUGUGUAAUAUUUUCAGAGGGAAAUAUAAAAUACAAUGAUCGUUUGACAAUUCUUCCGUUCACAUAUUUUGAUAGUCCUAGGCAUCAUAUCAAACGUAAAAGGACGUUCAUCGAAUUUAUUUGUAACAAAGAACAUAAUUUAUUACAAAAAAUUCGAUGCAUUCUAGAAUAAUAUUCGAAGUGGUAAACAGGUGGAUUGCAUAAUAUAAUUGCGUAGUUCUACGUCGAAAAUAUGCGGUCGUGUCCUAGAUACAACCCCUUACAAUUUUUUAUUUAUUUUUUAAUACGAUUUCACUAAAAAUACACGUUCUUGUAAAUUGUACAUCUUGACACUAAAAACCAUCCGAUCAGACUGAACGAGUAGGCGAAUAUUAUCGUCCCGAAGUGGGGAAACAAUUUCUAUAAGGAACUAUUCGAUUUUUUUUUGCGUGAGCGUUUUAUCUGAAAGACCCUGUAUAAAGCGGCCCUUACAUGAUCAUUAGUUCAUGAAAAUGAUAUUAAAAUGAUCGUGUUAUUCCACAAAGUUGGAAUGAUUGGUAACAAUGACGAAAAUCCGGAUUUUAUGAUAUCGGUUCGUCGUUACUGAAAUAGGGCAGGGAUACUGAAAUAAGGCAGGGAUGAUAACGGUGGAUUAAGUUAGAUGUGCCGAGUUCAUUUUAGGACAACAAGGUACGGUGUCGACAACUAGAAACGUUUUGAACAACUGAAGCAAGCAUUAGCUAUUAAGAUAACUAUGCAAAAAGGCAGUUUUGAAUCGUCAAAAUGUCAAUGCAAAUAAUUGCUAAUGGUUUUUUCAAUUCUCAAAACAUGCUCAUGAAAAACAAUUUUUAACCAUGUCUUAAGCACAUUAUGAGAAUAUAUCAAAUUUUCGUUCAAUAUUCUUUCACUGUUUGAAGAAAAAAUUUCAAACUAUCAAUUAUUUGAUACAAAAAAAAUAUAAUUUUUCAAUCAUUAUUUUUGUUUCGAAAACGUGUUAAUUUCUUCCACGGAUAUAAGUGCUACACUGAGAGAAAUAAUUAGUAAAUAUAACGAAUUUUUUGGUAAAUACUACCAAUCUAUAGUCAUUUUCGACCGUACUAAUAAACACAUAUGUCAAGCAGAACCAUGAUUCCCAAUAUCGGCUACAUUUUCUCGCCGAAAAUGCACGUAUCAGAAUUAUAUCCUUAUUAUACCUCCGUAUUGCCUUAUGGGAACAAUGAUAAUGGUUAAUACGCGCUUUUCUCACCAGUUUUCAGAUAUGACAAUAUCCAAGCUUACUAAUGUUAUCGAGUAAAAUAUACUAAUCUCUGGUAGGGAUGCGGGUUUGUUGACAAUAUGUACAAAAAAUUUGUACAUUCUACUAAUUUUGCAUUACCAAAUGUAUUUGAUAGUUUUCGACCGAGGAUUUUUCUAAGUGUAGAGUUGCUGUACUCCUACAAGCUGUCAAAAUCGGCUUCGUUGCGUGAAUCAUUGUACAUAUACAUAUCAUCAUUAUUCUUCAGUCCUACACAAUCAUUUCCAUUGUAAUUACUUUCCUACAGUAUUGGUAUAGUCCUUAGUUUUACAGAUAUGCUUGAAUUUUUAUAUCUUACACCAAAAUUACGUUGUCAUUACUUUCCUAUAGUAUUUUUAUGGUCUCUAAUUGACCAGGAAUGCUUGAAUUCUUAUAUAUUAAACCAACAUUACGCACACAAAUAAAAACCGUUUGCAAAACUACGAUGUUAUUGCACAAAAUAUUUCGCUGCUUCUUCACUAAUACUAAUGCGUAGCAUUUAUAGCAUACCAGGGUAACUGGAUAUGUCAGGUGUAUGGCACGAUUCUCGCUAUCUCACUCUACCUACUGUCACCGCCUAUCUCACUAUCCCUCUGCUGUAAAAGUUCAUCAUGGACAUCACGAUAUGUCAGAUGGUUGUAAAUUGGUAAUUCGCGAUAACAAUGGCAUGGUGUCGACGUCUGGUGGCGACUUAGAAUUAGGGUCCCAAACUCGUUAGUGUAAUCUCUAUCAGAUUAGAAGACACGAAGCCGGUUUUUAAAUUUUAAAAUUUAAAUACUAAUUUUUACAUCAUGUUAUUUAAUUACUUGAAACAUGUAUUUCUGACUUUCAUUCAACCAUAUGGCUAUACGAUUCCAACAUUGUUACUGAAUUUUUUCAUUGUAAUAUAAAGUUAUCUUCAUACACAAUUUUCGUAUGAGACUUUUUCCCCACCUGCAAACAAAAAUGUUUUUAAUUUAAAUCGAAUUCUAAUUUUAUCUAAAUAAUAUUUUUGUCCUAAAAUGAUUCCAACUGAAAAUCAGCUAUUCUUUGAUGCUCCCCUAAACUAGUAAACGAAGCUCAAUGCCGUCAACGCGAGUCGCUGUUUCGAAGAAAACAAAUACUUUUGACGUUUGAGAUUUUUUUUCCUUUAUGACGUUUGAGUCAUACAGUCAUACGUGUCAUACAGCUGAGAUAUGUACAACGAUUCACGACAACGAGGUAGGAUAGCAGCAACUCUAGCACUCAUAUCCGUGAAAAAAAUUAACACGUUUUCGGAACGAAAAUUUGAUAGUUUGACAAGUUUUCUUUAACCCUUUAACGGGUACUGGCAUCUAUAUUGCCACCAACGAUUUAAUUUUUUUUUC